AUGGGAGGCGACGUAGUCGUGGGUGGACAUUGGUUGGUCGAAGAAAAAAUCGGAGAGGGGUCUUUCGGCGAGCGUGAAUUAAUUGACGUAGAGCAUCCCCAACUACCGCAUGAGGCUGAAAUGCUCAGGUUACUUAAAGGAGCGAAUUUCAUACCAACGGUACAUUGGUUUGGAACGGAAGGCAUUUAUAAUGCCAUGAUUAUUGAUUUGCUUGGGCCCAACCUGAGAUUGCUCCGAAAAGCUUAUGCAAAGCUUCCUGUACAUUUCGUGAGUGAUGUGGCUCAGCAAAUGGUAACGAUAUUAGAAUACAUACAUAAAAAAGGUGUUGUCUACAGGGACGUUAAGCCCGAUAACUUUCUUCUAGAAAGAAACUUUCCAUUACAAAUAAGUCGGCUUGCUGCGUUCGAUUCUGAUGAUGAUGCAUCUGAGGCAAAACUUAAGGAUCUAAAACUUUUGGUCGGAAGGAAACAUCACAUGAGCGUUGUGGAUUUCGGAUUAUCCGCGUUCUAUAUAAACCGUGAAACUGGAAAACAUAUUCCAAAAAAUCAACCUUUGACGAAGAAUAAAACUGGAACUGCUCGUUACGCCGCUAUAGGUGUUCAUAAAGGGCUUCAGCAUUCUCGUCGUGACGAUAUGGAGUCUUUAGGUUAUGUUUUACUAGAAUUAUUACGAGGUGACCUUCCUUGGGCCGGUGUUACCGCACGUAACUCACGUCAAGGCUGGGCAAAGAUGUUAAAGAUAAAAGAAGAAAUUCCGUUAGAUGAACUAUAUGAAGGUCUUCCAAAAGGAUUUAUGCUUUAUCUUCAAUAUGCGAGAAACUUACAUUAUGAUGAAGAACCAGAUUACAAUCGUUUACGUAAAUUUCUAGCUGGUACAGUCGGAUGUGGAGCGGAGGCAGAAAAAGUUACUAGAGAACCUCUAUUUUUUGAUGAUGAAUAUUAUGAACGUCCUAUUUCACCACGUCAGCGGGGUUACAGGUCACAAUCUCCGCUUACAAUAAAAUCUCCACGUGGUGGAAAUGAUUACGAAGAUGAUGUAGCUUAUGUUUCACCCCCACCUUCACCUUUUAAUAAACGAAAGAACUUUUCUUGGCGUACUAAAAACAAGGACGAUGUUAUUUGUUACAACCAACCUGAACGUGCAAACUCUUUAACCAUAUCUCCUAGUGCAAGUGUGCCUCCAUAUCAAAAAUUCGCUACUAUAUCACCAUCACGUACUUUUUCAUUACCUUACCGUGACCCUGGUCAAGCAGAUAACGGUUAUCAUCCUAAUGGUCGAGAUUAUGAACGACGUGGAAAACGUCCCGAAAAUACAAGAAAGCCUUCAUAUCCUUCAUAUGCUAGAAGACCUUCAACAAAAAUCUCUUGGACCACUGUAAAAGAUUCAACUGCUCAAUGGGAACAAGAGGCCCAGAAAUUUGAAAAUGCUUGGAAAAAUGGUCAAUCUUGGAAUGACAAUAAUUUUGAUAGUCAAGAAGUGAAUUCUAUUCCCUCAACUCCUAUUAAUGAGUUUGGUGGUUUUUGGAUUGACAAUGCUGAUCAAGAAUUUUCUGGUUUCGAUGGUGGAUUGGGUUGUGAUACUGAUGGUUGGAUAAAUCAUGUUAAUGAUGAGAACAUUAUUAUGACUGAAAAGUCUCCAAAAAAUAGGUCUCAAGUUAUUCGUAUUGGAACUGAUGUAAAUCAAAGUCAUCAAGAUUAUUUCGACUUGGAACGAACUCGCUCUAAUUCUGUAAAAUCUCCUCGUGACUGGCGUGAUAUACAAAGUAGGAGACCUUCUGUACCUUCUCCAUUGUCAAUUGCCAUUCCAUCGAACAAAAUACAAGCUCGAGGUGUUGCAUCUCCAAAUAAAAAAUUUGACAUUCAACAAUAUGAUGAUGAAAUGGAUGAAAAUGUUCCUCUAGGUCCUAGGCGAAGUAUUCCCAACAUUCGUUCAAAUCCAAAUUCUUUGGCUUCAAAGUUCCUCAAACGAAGCGUUCCAAAUCUUCGUGAUGCUGCAGGUAAUGGCCAUACGGUUCCUCCUCAGUCGUCAACUAUUAAAAGAACAAUUGCUCAUAUGCAAGAUGCACAAUUGACAACAACUCAAGUUACGAGAAAAUCUCUUCCUGCUGGAGGCAACAACACUCGCUGCGUUGUUAAAGAAUCUCAAACUAAUACAAGUCAUAAUUUACGAGAUGAUAAAGAUAAUACUGGAAACUAUGCCACUACGAAUCAGUUUUAUUCUCAGAAUUCUAGAUAUUCGCCUCAAGAUGCCCGAUAUUCUCCUCAAGAUACAAGAUUUUCCUUUGGCCGAGAUGGAACUAGAAACCGUGCUAAUACUUUUAGUUAUAAUAAACAUGAUUCUCGCUUUUUGCCUGUUCAACCUCUACGCCAGGGUAAUAAAACAUUUAAUAGAGAACGUUCAUACACAUUCACUAGUGGAAAUUCUUCAGUUAGUCCAAAUACCCCUAUAUUUGAUUCUCCUUCACCACAAUAUUAUGCGAAUGGUAGAAGGGAAAGAUCCUACACUUUCACUGAUGGCGGGAGGCCUAAAGACACUAAUUUUAAUGUUGGAAGGAAUGUACCUGAUCGGCAUCGCCCUCCUCCUCUUGGACGCAAUUUUGGAAAUGGUCCACAACAAAACUUUGGUUCUGGAAGAAGUAACGUUUCAAGAUCACAAAUUCAUAAUCAGUCACCGGUUGAACAAAAGGACAGCUUGAGUCCUGGGAAAAGUCAAGGUGAAAAUUUUCCUCCACGUGCAAAGUCCGCAUCUCCUUCAUAUUUUCAUAGACGAUUAAAUUCAAAUGAAUCAGAGUCUAAAAAGACCGGACAAUAUUUAAAUACUACUGCAAAUUCAUCUUCAACUGAAAGUUCUACCGCUCCUUCACCCACAUCUCCAUCCCCAGAUGGAUCCCCUUGUACUGACGAUGGUAAACAUAGAGGUGCAGUCAUUACUCCGUAG